CACAGCUCAUGAUGCCAUCUUCACUUGGAGCCUGCCAGUCUGGAAAAAAGGAUUUUUGUUGGUUUUCAGUGGGAAUUCACACUAGUAUUCUUUUCAAAUGACCCAAAUGAUGACACGGACAGCUGUUUUACCUGAAAAGCAUUGAGAAAGCAUAUAGGCCUGUCCUCAGUAGUCUAAAUAUACACAGAUUUAUACACACAAAACGAUCCCUGUCAGAUGUCACCCCUACAAGCCCCACCCUGAUCGCUUCUGGUUUGCUAGCUUCCAUUUACCACUGUGUUAAUCUGUUCCCUUUUCACAUCCCCCCUCCUCCCGAUUCUCUUGCAUGCUCUCUCUUUUGCUCCUCCCCUCUCUUCCCUCAAAGCCAGCAGCCUCCUGCUUGAUCCUGCCUGCUUACUACAUGGUCUCUUGGAAUACAGCAUACCUUUUCUACUCCAUGGCUUUUCGACUUUUUUUUUUUCUCAAUUCACACUGCAAAGCACGGACGGAUGCUAGCUUAACCAACAGUGUUUAACCUUUUCUUUCCCUUCCACCUCUGUGCUCGUAACCUGUUUAUCCAUUUGUCUGUCUGACCUGCAUUUUAACCUACCCUUUGACCCCACUGUUUCAUGAUUAAUGCUGAGACCCCCUUGACAAUGUUACUAUGUAUUAACUGGUUGAAGCCUUUCCUUGCCUUGUUGUUUUCCACCUUGCUUAAACAAGGCCAGAAUUGUCCAACCAGCUGUUUGUGUCCAGACCACCACACUGUGAACUGCUCUGGCCAAGGCCUAACUGGAGUACCAGAUUCCAUUCCUCUGGACGUUCGCCGUCUCCUACUAUCCAACAACUGGAUUCCAUGGAUCCCUUCUGACUUCCUGGUCCUUUACACAGAUCUGGUGUAUUUGGACCUACGGAAUAACUCCCUUUCCCAGCUGGAGCCAGGGACCUUGAGCACUUCUUCAAGAUUAGUCUUCUUGGACUUGGGAAACAAUAACCUGACUGAAAUCCCCUCAGGAACAUUUGGGGAAUCAAGGAGUCUGAUUAAACUACGACUAGGGGACAAUCCCUAUCUAACUAUGGUAAGCAGAGAUGUUUUUACAGGGUUGACGUCUUUGAGGGAAUUGGAGCUGGAGAGGAAUGGUCUCACAGGGCUGGAUGUCAGGGUCCUGGAACUUUUGCCCUCCCUUAACAUGGUGCGUUUGGAGGGCAACCCCUGGCUUUGCAACUGCCACUUUGCCAAAUUGUUUGUAUGGCUGACAAAUAAUCAGCAUAAGCUCCCAACAGGUCAGCAGAUCCGCCCCACUUUCUGGCAUCUGGACAGGAUCCAGUCCACCUACGGAGAGGGUACACCUCCGUGUCUGCUAUUCUCUUUUUUUCUUUUUUCCAUAAGCAGUGGAUUGGGCAGCAGCACUUCUCUAAAGAGGGCCUGUUUCAUCUUUGCACACUGCCUCGGGAAAAUAAGAUUUCCUCCCUGGCUGCCAUCUUUGCUUUGAAGAUGUUGGAGGAAGAUCAAUUAGAAGCGGAAGAAAACGUCAGGU